CUGUACAGACUACAAGGCAAUUACACUUCCAAAAAAAAAAGUCACACUUGAGGAGCCAAAAAGCGGCGCCACAUGUGCAGGCAGACCUCCAGACUGGCUGCUCCAUUUGUCCCCACUCGGUCUUCAGCUGCAAAAAUUAAAACAGACAAAGCUUGAUUUAACUGUCGGCAAAUCAAAACGACUUGUACAACCGAGGGGGGUCACCUUGAGUGGGAUCUGCGGAGAAACUGAGGCUUAGUCUGUUUUUUUGUCUUCCUCGUCUCGGUGGAAUGUGAGCGCCGGCAGUGUCUCCUUCAGGAUUUCAUCUGGCUACAAAGCCACUUCCCUGGUUUAGGAUUGCUACAGUUCACCUGGAAACACACAAGCAAACCACGGUCUGUGUCGGCAAGUUGAGCAUCUCUUUUAGUGAUACAGAGCUACAGGCGCACAUUUAAAACACUACAGUGGCUAUGGCUUUUUCUGUCUCCCUGCCAGUAAGUCUCGCCUUUUCCUCUUUGAUAGCAUAAAGAGAGAUUUGGGCAAUUGGAAAAAAAAAAAAAAAAAAAAAAAAAAAAAAAGUGAGCAGGUUUUUUGAGGUGAGGACUUUGGCUCAGGGUCUCGGGAGUGAUGGCGGCGUCUGCUCCCUCCUCCUCCUCCUCCGGCGGCGAAGCGGAUCCCAACUCGACAAAUUUACGGCCGCCGGGCUCAAGCUAUGAUGCCUGGUGUGGAGUUGCUCAUGGAUGCACAAAAAAAUUGGGGAUGAAACUAUAUGGGUUCCUGCAGAAGAACAACAGUCUGGAGGAGAGGAGCAGGUUCGGGGGUUCCCUGAAGGAGCGCAGCGCCAAAGACCUGCUGUCCUGCGACAACAGCGGCCGAGAGGCGCGUUUCAGGAGAACCGAGACCGACUUCUCCAAUCUGUAUGCCAGAGAUCUGUUACCUGCCAAAAAUGGAGAGGAGCAGACCAUGCAGUUCCUGCUGGAGCUUGUGGAAAUCCUCACUAACUACGUCCGGAAGACCUUUGACAGGUCCACCAAGGUCCUCGACUUCCACCACCCUCACCAGCUGCUGGAGGGCAUGGAAGGCUUCAACCUGGAGCUCUCCGACCAGCCCGAGUCUCUGGAGCAGAUCCUGGUGGACUGCAGGGACACCCUGAAAUAUGGAGUGAGAACAGGUCACCCCAGGUUCUUUAACCAACUGUCGACUGGAUUAGACAUCGUGGGGAUGGCAGGAGAGUGGCUCACUUCUACAGCCAACACUAAUAUGUUUACCUACGAGAUCGCUCCUGUUUUCGUGUUGAUGGAGCAGCUGACGCUCAAGAAGAUGAGGGAGAUCAUUGGAUGGCCAAACGAAGAGGGUGAUGGGAUAUUUUCUCCAGGAGGAGCCAUUUCCAACAUGUACAGUGUGAUGAUCGCCAGAUACAAGUUCUUCCCUGAAGUCAAGACCAAAGGCAUGUCGUCAGCGCCGCGACUGGUCCUCUUCACAUCGGAGCACAGUCACUAUUCCAUCAAAAAAACCAGUGCAGCUCUGGGCUUCGGAACAGAGAACCUGAUCCUUCUGAACACAGAUGAGAGAGGGAGAGUUAUUCCUGCAGAUUUGGAAGCCAAAAUAAUCAAGGCCAAGCAACAGGGGUGUGUUCCAAUGUUUGUGAACGCCACUGCAGGUACCACCGUCUACGGAGCAUUUGACCCCAUAAAUGAAAUCGCAGACAUCUGUGAAAAGUACAACAUGUGGCUUCACGUGGACGGUGCGUGGGGAGGAGGUUUGCUGAUGUCCAGGAAACACAGGCACAAGUUGGACGGGAUAGAGAGGGCUAACUCCGUCACCUGGAAUCCUCACAAAAUGAUGGGAGUUCCUCUGCAGUGCUCGGCCAUUUUGGUUAGAGAGAGGGGGCUGUUACAAGGCUGCAACUCCAUGUGUGCAGGCUACCUGUUCCAGCCAGACAAACAGUACGACGUUUCAUAUGACACAGGCGACAAGGCCAUUCAGUGUGGACGACACGUCGAUAUCUUCAAGUUCUGGCUCAUGUGGAAGGCAAAGGGAACAAUAGGAUUUGAGCAGCACAUUGACAAGUGCCUGGAUCUGUCGGCGUAUCUCUACAACACGAUAAAAAACAGAGAAGGCUUUGAGAUGGUGUUCAACGGAGAGCCGCAGCACACUAAUGUCUGCUUUUGGUACGUCCCACCGAGCCUGCGGGGUUUGCCUGAUGGUGACGAGAGGAGGAAGAGGCUGCACAAGGUGGCCCCAAAGAUAAAGGCUAUGAUGAUGGAGUCCGGGACUACGAUGGUGGGCUACCAGCCACAAGGAGACAAAGUCAACUUUUUCCGCAUGGUCAUCUCUAAUCCUGCUGCCACCAGGUCAGAUAUCGAUUUCCUGAUUGAGGAGAUUGAGCGCUUGGGGCAUGACUUGUAAGAGUCCCCUGUAUGGUGAAACCAUUUGUUUUCAACAAAACAUUUGUCUUUUUCCAAUUGCACAGAGCCUUGAGCUUGGCUGUAGUCCCCUUUGUCUCAUGAAGACGUUGAAAUCUUUUGCCUACAGGCUUUUUUAUGCAAUGCACAACAAAUUAUAUUAUACCCACUGUGUUUCUGUGUCUUUAGUAACAGUGAUGUGUAUAUUUAAGACAUUUGCACACCUAGUACUCUGAGUAAAAUGAACUAAGCACAGUGGUAUUCUCAUUAAAACAUAUGCAAAGGGGAAAAAAAUGAUACAGUGUUUAUUAACAGAGGGAUCAAACAAGUUGGGAUGCUGUGUAAAAUGAAAACAGACCCGAAUCCAAUAAUUAAAAAAUGAAAAAUAAAAAACAAUCCCAUUCUCAAAUACAACAUACAGUAUUAAAGGUAGGGUAAGCAAUUCUAUGCAAUUUAAAACCCAGCACAUGUUUUUGUCACAAUCAGUGAAUUUCUCCGUCUCAUAUGCUGGCUGCCCGUUUUGUGAGCUCACUUACAAAGAAUAAAUAGAUAACACAAAAUAAACAAAUAAAAAACAGUUCUGGAGAGGUUUGGAAGAGGUUAUAAAAGGGGAGCACAGCAAUGGAGGGUGUAACAUUUUAUUUUGAAAGCCAUGCAAAAAGAUACACUUAAUUUGAAUUUCCACACAUUUAAAAAAAAAUUGACAAUGAUGUAAAAUGCUUUAAGAAGAAGAUAAAAGGGAUUAAGUCUGGGUGAAUACAUGGUGGCAUAUAAAGUUGAAACAAUUUUGUUUUAAGCAACACUCUCUUCAUUUACAAUCAUUUCAUGAGAAAAGGUGUUUUUUUCCAACUUCAUGGGUGACCUUAUAAUUCAACAAUAAAAGCCAAAAAUAAGAUAAAUCUUAUUGAACAACUGGAGAGAAUGUGUCGAUUUCAUCACCUUGAAUUCAAAAUGUCAAAACAUUUAGAGAAUCCACAGAAGUAUCUGACUAGUGUUUUAAAAACACACCUAAGGACCAAUUGACAAAAGUAUACAAUCCCUUUGUGUUGCCUAUGUACCAUUUUUAAUCUGAUAUAAGGUUUAAAUGCAUUCACAAGUGUACACAGAUGUAUUAGCAUUUUACACCGGGUCCCAACUUCCUAAUAUGAAAGAUGAAAUAACCAGAAUAUCUGAGCAGUUGAUGAUUCUGUAUAUAGCAGCACAGCUACCAGAUUGCAAGGAACCUUAUAGACAAAAACAGCAUUAUUAAGAACAUAUGUAUUUAUUAUAUAUAAGUCUCAUGACAGAUGCAUCACAAUAUCAUAGCUGUUGUUUCAUUUAGCUAGACGACAAGGGUUGGAGCAUAUAACACAGUCUCUGUGACUGAUUGCUGUGUUUUUAGACUUUUGUGUAGAUUGUGUAUAGUAUUGUUAUAUUGCCUUUGUGCCAAAUGUGUCCUGAUUUUACAGUAACAAAAUUCUACGAUCUAUGUAAACCAACCAUACGAUGUAUUAUGUGAUGGAUUGAAGACUUAGUUUAUAUUGAGAUUGUAUUAUUGUGAAUAGUUUAUCUGCUCUUCUGUUCCAUUUGUAACGUAUCCCCGUUCGGAGACGCUGCUGUAUUAACUUGCAGUGUUUUGAAUAACCGUUGUGUCUUUUUGUGUAUUUGUGAACCAAAGAAGGGUUGAGAUACAUUUAUGAUCAUGUGCGUGGACCUUUUUCUCAGAUGUUUCUAUAAGAAUGCUUAACAUACUGCCUUUGAAUUUAGUGCAAUCUGUAUUGUGUAACUGUGUGACGUCAUUGUGACAAAAUGACUGAAUGUUGUCAAAAUGCUCUGCUACGAGACUGGAAGGCGCUGCUGCUGCUGCUGCUGCUGCUGCUGCCGCCGCCGCCGGUGCUUCAGUGAUGAUAAAAAGCACAAUGCUAAAUCAUGAUCAUCAGUUUUAGUUUAUGGGACAUAUGAUUGUCUGUAUUAUAAAACGUGAAGUGGAGUACAAGUAGAAUAUAUGCAAAAGUUUGUUUAGUAUGACAUGCUUUCUUUAGGCACACUGUAAUGUGGAAGAAAAUAUGAUCUUUAAUCAUUUCGCUUGAACAAUAACCUGUACAGCGUUUGCUAUUGUACUAAGAUGCGUUGAACAACCGCACAUUCCUGAACUAGUGGGACGAAAUGUCCCUUGUAGUAUUUAAUGUGGGCACUUUAACAGAACUGUCUUACUGCUGUAUCCACGACACAAAUGAAGACAUGAGCUGUAGAUCACCUGCAGGCAUAGUUCCUUGUAGUUUGUGGAAAAUAUGUAACUUUACAAAUAAAUGUAUGUAUGUCAAACAGGACUGACGUGAGAUAUCUUG